AUGGCUUUCGGAACUCUCUUCACCACUGCCGACAAUGCUCGCAGCACUGCCAUCAAGGCAGUUGCUAAGGCCAACAACAUCGACCUGAACAUUGUCAAUGUUGACUUCGCCAACAUUUCCGAGGAGCACCGCAAGGCCAGCCCCCUUGGCAAGAUCCCCGCCUUCCUCGGCGAGGAUGGCUUCGCUCUCUCUGAGGCCAUUGCCGUCGCUGUCUACCUCACCUCCCAGAACGAGAAGACCACUCUCCUCGGAAAGACCAAGCAGGACUACGCCUCCAUUCUCCGAUGGUUGUCCUACUUCAACACCGAGGUCCUUGGCCCUCUGGGCAGCUGGUUCCGCCCUCUUGUCGGCCGUGACCCAUACAACAAGAAGGCCGUUGACGAUGCCUCCAAGCAGACUCUCAAGGCCUUCAAGGUUGUCGAGGAUUAUCUCCUCCGCCACACCUACCUCGUUGGUGACCGCAUCACCCUCGCUGACCUCUUCGCCGCUGGAAUCGCCAACCGUGGUUUCCAGUACCUCUUUGGCUCCGAGUGGCGCCAGGAGUUCCCCAACGUCACCCGUUGGUUCGACACCAUUGUCAACCAGCCCAUCUACACCGCCGUUGCCCCCAAGGUUGAGUACCUUGACAAGCCUGCCCUGACCAACGUCGCCCCCAAGAAGCCCGAGGCUCCCAAGCCUGCCAAGGCUGCUAAGCCCGCUCCUGCUCCCGCUGCCGAGGAGGAGCCCGCUGCUGCCCCCAAGGCCAAGCACCCUUGCGACCUUCUCCCCAAGUCCGCUUACGCUCUUGAUGACUUCAAGCGCUACUUCUCCAACAACGAAGAGAAGGAGUCUUUCCGCUACUUCUGGGACACCGUUCCCUUCGCGGACUACUCCAUCUGGCGUGUUGACUACAAGUACAAUGAUGAGCUUACUUUGACUUUCAUGUCCAACAACCUCAUCGGUGGCUUCAACGCUCGUCUGGAAGGCUCCCGCAAGCACAUCUUCGGAUCUGCUUCCGUUUACGGAGAGAACAACGACUCCGUCAUCCAGGGUGCUUUCGUCAUCCGUGGCCAGGAGUACCUCCCUGUCUUCGAUGUCGCCCCUGACUACGAGAGCUACUCCUUCACCAAGCUUGACCCCACCAAGCCUGAGGACCGCGAGUUCGUUGAGGCCCAGUGGGCCUGGGACCGCCCUGUCAUUGUUGACGGCAAGGAGUACAAGCACGCCGACGGCAAGGUCUUCAAAUAA